GUGUUUCGGUGUCAGGUUUGAUUGUAAUUCACAUAAAAUAUUUACAAUACUAUAAAAAAUGAGGUGACGUGGAUUCAUAUAAAAGAUUAAAGUUUAAUCAUUCCAUAUAUUAUAGUCAUAAAUAUUUAGUUGUAUGCUAAAAAUGGCGGGUGCACCGAUGAAAUUGGGUUCUAUAGUCUCAUUUUGUAUUGUCCUUUAUGCUAUUUAUUUUCGUAAAAACGACAUAGGUGAUGAAAGAUUAGUGUCUUUGAAAGAACAUUUGUUGUUUUUGGAAAGUAAAAAUAAAGUCGGUGUUGGAGUUUCGCAGCCUAAAGUAGCGUUAGGUUAUGGAGCAUGCCACGACUUAUUUGUAAACGCAACAUUACUCCUAGAUUAUCAAGAUCUCAAAGGCAGUCCGGAGCACUUCAAUGAGAUCUCUAAUAAAGAAGAGUUUGUUAAAAGUUUUGCAUACUUUUUUAAACAUGGUGCAGCUGCUGAGUAAGUCAAACCUUUUAAUAUAGCCAUUUCUUAUAGUGAAGAGUCAGUUGCUCUACAUGCUAUUUUAAUCUAAUAUUUAAUAAUAAAAUUAAAAGUCUAAUAUCAAACAAAAUAUUGUAUUUUCAUUCAUUCUAUAAAUACCCUAUCAAAAGUCCACGGCUGGACUUAGGCCUCCACAAUAGAUUGCCUCAUAAAGAUUAAAUUUGCCAUAAUGGCCAUUCUUGGGAAGCUAAAGCAGGACAACUACAGUUUCUUAAUAUUAUUAAGUUAUCAGAACAAUGCUGAUGCCCAUCUCCUGUUUUAUUUCCCUCUAUCGGCUCUUACAACAUCUAUGGGAUUGCAUAGGUUGUGAAUUCUUAUAUAUAAUAUAUUAAAUAAUAAUGGAUUGCUGUAUAUAAUAUAUGAUAAGAUACUUAUCAACUUAAUUAACUACACUUUUCCUUCACAGGAGAUUUAUGUCUAAUAGUAAACUAUAUGACGAUCUAGUGGAACAAGCACUCAAACUACCAGAUACAAGAUGGGCUAUUGGGGGAAAUGCACCUCUAAUGGCUAAAAGGUUUUAUCUAGAAGGAUGGAAAGUGCUGUUUGGGGCUAAAAUGAGUAAAAAACUGAAAAGUUACAUUCCGGAGGAAAUAUUAGUAGUGGGUGACAAUGAAAAUGAAGAAGUGAGAGAUGAUAUUCAUAUGAUACUAGAGUACAAAGCAGAUGAAAGGUUUGGUGAAUACAAAGCACCAAGAGCCAAUAGAUAUAUUAUGCAUAAUGACGAGAAUAAUCCCUUAUUGAGUUCCUUAGAGAAACUGGGUGAAUAUUUGCCAAGUUUUAAACCGAAUUUACUAGUCAUAAGUGGUCUACAAAUGAUGGACAACUUUCCAUUUAAAAGGGAUGGUAAAGGUGAGACAACUUUUUUUUAGUCACAAUAUAUGAUUCUUUAGUUCUUUCUAGCAAAUGACAUGUAAGCAUCCAAUAGAUGGAUGAAUCAAUCUUCAAAUAUAAAAUAAUGAUUCCUAUCCUUACCUGCACUCUUCUACAAAGAUACCUAGAAUUUAAUUAUCUUUUUCAUACAUUAAGGUAGCUCACUUGCCUUAUUAUCCAAUUAUCUAUAAUUAUUUAACAUAACUGUUUUAAUAAGAUUGUGUUUUAAAAAAAACACCUUGCAUGUUUUGACAGUAUUGUUAAGUACCUAUAUCAAAUAAAUAGUUUCAGAUUUUACUAGUGAUCACAUUUAUUUUGCUAUUACUGAAAAGUUUUUGCUUAUGCUAAGCUAAUGUGAACAUAUUAACUCAAAUGUUAAUAAAAAUGUUGCAUAUUUAGGAAAAUUACUAGAACAUGUGAAGAUUGCCAUUACAUCCUGAAAUUGAGAGCUGUUUCAUUAUUCAGUACAUUUUAUUUUGCAGAUUUAAGAGCAGAGAGGCUAGACUUGGUCAAACAACAAAUUUUAUCUCAGCCCUUAAGCACAUUAGCCCACUUUGAGAUGGCAAGUUAUGUGGAUCUGGAGCUUCUAAAACACUUGACAACCAAAGUACUGCCAUAUGUUGACUCAGUAGGCAUGAAUGAACAAGAGCUCUCCAAUCUUAACAGUGUUUUAGAGCGUGGAAGAGUAGUAGUUGUAGCAGACUCCAACCCAAGGAUAGCUACAGCACUUGAUCAAAUGCGGAACACAUUUAGACUUAUAAGGCAAAAGAACAAAAAGUUUGGUAGUAAAAGGAAACUUACCCGUAUGCAUGUGCACACUUUAGCAUACCAAGCAAUUUUAACUGUACAAAAUUUGAAAUGGAAAAGAACGCCUGCAGCUGCAGCUAAAGCAUCAUUAACUGCUCACAGAUAUGUUUGCAAUACACAGAACAUCAAUCUUGAGAAGACAAAACUACUGCUUGAUGAUAGUUUCUCAACAACCACAGACAAUGAUAAUAGCAGCAGAGUGUUUUUUGAAGCAAAUAAACCAGUGGCAUGUUGGGAGGAAACAAUAGAAAGCGAUAAAGUUGAGAUAUGUGUCGCACCAGUCUUAAUUUGUACAGAAGCUCAGUUGACAGCUGGAGCUGGGGAUAAUAUAUCAGCUGCGGGGCUGGUUUUGCAGGUGGAAAUAUGAUUCUAAGUCAGAUAAUACUUAAAGAAUGUUAAUUUAUAUUUAUGUUUAAAAAUAGGACAAAUAACUGCAUAUUUAUAAAUGAACAAUAAUAUUUUUUCCUACUUCACUAUAUUCUUUAUUAUGUACGAAAUACGUAAGCUAGAAUAAUUGAGGACUUGCCUGGAACUGAAACAUAGGAAAUGUUUCCUUAUUUAGAUUUAGAAAUAGGUUAUUUAUUAAUAAUAUUCAAUAUAUAAAUGGUGGUCUGAAUAAUGUGAUUUACAAUUUACUUACUGUAAUCCAUUCCAUAUCUAAGCAAUAAAUAAUUUGUUAGUUUUAAAAUUAUGUUAACUUGGAGUGGGAAUACAUCGAUAUUGCUUCUGCUGAUAUGGACAGAUACUUAUACCAAUAUCAAUUUAAGGAUAUAUUAUUCAACUUAAAGCUAUAUUGUUCUUUCAAAAUAAUAUAUAUGAACAAAAAAAAAUCUAAAUAAUAAUAUGAAGGUGCAUUUAUAUUUUACUUGCUUGCGGCAUCAAAUUUGAAAGAUAUCAGUGUAUUGGCAGAUAAAUAUUACUUAUGCAGAUAUAACAACAAGUCCAAAAUAUUAUUAUAAUCUAUAUAUGUAUCAGAUGCACUGUACUGUAUCUGAUGCAUCCCAGGAGUCUAUAUCCAUAAAUAAUAUGACGUGUCAGAUGAUAAACAAUGCAUUGACUUAAUUUAUUAUUAUUUACUAAAAGUAUUGUUAAUAAUUUAAUAUUAUAAUAUUUUAUUUCAGAUUAUUAUUUCACACAAAAAUCAUUCCAUUAAAUAUUCCUUACAAUGUUGUGUUAAAUAAAAAUAAUUUAUGUAUG